GCCACGGGGCUGCGGAGCCGGGGCGCGGCGGCGGGACGGGAACACGGCGGGCUGCAGCCAGAUGUCCCUUUGAUGGGUAGCUGACAGGAAUUCGGCCUACGGGCUGGGGGUUUUAACCAUGACUGAUGGGAAAUUCUUGAUUCUCAGCGCGGAAGGGUGUGCUAAGAGAUGGCACUUGUGGGGCUCGUCUCUGCCUGAGAAUCGGCACUGGAAGAGCUGACUGACUGAUCCUGGCUCCUUGCGUGAACAAGCCUUAACUUCCAGCCACGUCAGUUCAAAGGCCGAGCUGCUUGUUUCCUCUUAAUGAUGGGUGUCGGUAAGAACACUACGUCCAAGUCCACGGAGGCUGGAAGUUCAGCUGAAGGCAAAUAUGAAGAUGAAAUGAAGCACCCGGCUUUCUUUACUCUUCCGGUGGUGAUCAAUGGAGGUGCCACGUCCAGCGGUGAACAGGACAAUGAAGACACCGAGCUCAUGGCAAUAUAUACAACAGAAAACGGCAUCGCAGAAAAGAGCUCUCUCGCUGAGACCUUGGAUAGCACUGGCAGUCUGGACCCCCAGAGAUCAGACAUGAUUUACACCAUAGAAGACGUUCCUCCGUGGUACCUGUGCAUAUUCUUGGGGUUGCAGCACUACCUGACGUGCUUCAGCGGCACCAUUGCGGUGCCCUUUCUGCUGGCCGAUGCCAUGUGUGUGGGGUAUGACCAGUGGGCCACCAGCCAGCUCAUCGGGACCAUCUUCUUCUGCGUGGGAAUCACAACCUUGCUGCAGACCACUUUUGGGUGCAGGUUACCCCUGUUUCAGGCCAGUGCUUUUGCAUUUCUGGCCCCUGCUCGAGCCAUCCUGUCUUUAGAUAAAUGGAAAUGUAACACCACAGAUGUUUCGGUUGCCAAUGGAACAACGGAGCUGUUGCACACAGAACACAUCUGGUACCCCCGGAUACGCGAGAUCCAGGGAGCCAUCAUCAUGUCCUCACUGAUAGAAGUGGUCAUCGGCCUCCUAGGCCUGCCUGGGGCUCUGCUGAAGUACAUCGGACCCCUGACCAUCACACCCACAGUGGCCCUCAUCGGCCUUUCUGGUUUCCAGGCAGCAGGAGAGAGAGCAGGGAAGCACUGGGGCAUUGCCAUGCUGACAAUUUUCCUAGUAUUACUGUUUUCUCAAUAUGCCAGAAAUGUUAAAUUUCCUCUCCCAAUUUACAAAUCCAAGAAAGGAUGGACUGCAUACAAGUUACAGCUUUUCAAAAUGUUCCCUAUCAUCCUGGCCAUCCUUGUGUCCUGGCUGCUGUGUUUCAUCUUCACAGUAACAGAUGUCUUCCCUCCUGACAGCACGAAGUAUGGCUUCUAUGCCCGAACUGAUGCCAGGCAGGGUGUGCUUCUGGUAGCCCCGUGGUUUAAGGUCCCAUAUCCAUUUCAAUGGGGACUGCCCACCGUCUCUGCAGCGGGUGUCAUCGGCAUGCUCAGUGCGGUGGUUGCCAGUAUUAUCGAGUCUAUCGGGGACUACUACGCCUGUGCCAGGCUGUCCUGCGCCCCGCCGCCCCCCAUCCAUGCAAUAAACAGGGGGAUUUUCGUGGAGGGUCUCUCCUGUGUUCUCGAUGGCAUAUUUGGUACUGGGAAUGGCUCUACUUCAUCCAGUCCCAACAUUGGAGUUUUGGGAAUUACUAAGGUUGGGAGCCGCCGGGUGAUACAGUGUGGCGCUGCCCUCAUGCUGGCACUGGGCAUGGUCGGCAAGUUCAGCGCCCUCUUCGCCUCGCUUCCAGACCCCGUGCUCGGAGCCCUCUUCUGCACUCUCUUUGGAAUGAUCACAGCUGUUGGACUCUCUAACCUGCAGUUCAUUGAUUUAAAUUCUUCCCGGAACCUCUUUGUGCUUGGAUUUUCAAUCUUCUUUGGGCUCGUCCUUCCAAGUUACCUCAGACAGAACCCUCUUGUCACAGGGAUAACAGGAGUCGAUCAAGUAUUGAAUGUUCUUCUCACAACUGCUAUGUUUGUAGGAGGCUGUGUGGCUUUUAUUUUGGAUAACACCAUCCCAGGUACUCCAGAGGAAAGAGGAAUCAGGAAAUGGAAGAAGGGCGUGGGCAAAGGGAGCAAGUCUCUCGAUGGCAUGGAAUCCUAUGAUUUGCCAUUUGGCAUGAACGUUAUUAAAAAAUACAGAUGUUUCAGCUACUUACCCAUCAGCCCAACCUUUGCAGGCUACACAUGGAAAGGCCUCGGAAAGAGCGCUAACAGCCGGAGUUCAGAUGAAGACUCGCAGGCCACAGUAUAGCCGUAGCUUGCCCUGUGGCCCAGCUGCAGUGAGGCAUGAACCUGUAGUUCCUUGCUGAGUAACAAGCAGUAACAUGUAUGUUUGUAGGUCUGCAUUUACAUUCUCCACCCCAGAGCUAAGACGGAUGACAGGUAGCUUUUUUGUUGUGGAUUGUGAUCAUGUCUAAUACGGUGUCUCACCUUUUUAUUUAAGUCCUUGACCCUUUGCCUUUGAGAGCAUCCAUUGCUGGCCGUGGUCACUGAAUUUGAAGUUCCUGUCCUCCUGUGGGAGUGGAUGCUUGAAGUCCACAGCAAUUCCUUGUUUUUAGUUCCCUUCUAACACCUCCAGGGUCCAGGGGCUUUCUGUGCCUGGAAACAUCAGGACCUUCACCUGUAGGGGCCUCCUCUGGUCAAGGGGCACCAGUAUCCUUGCAUUGGCAAAUGUGAUUCUGGGUUCCCUGAUACUCCUGUAGGGGUGGCUACUGGCUACUGGCCAGUUGAGAACAGUGGCAUGCUUACCCUAUGCCCACAUCUGCGCAUGGGUAGCAUCUGUACAGAUAUAAUUGGAAUGGAAAUUGGGGAAUUGGACGGGAAGGGAAAGUACCUGAAAUCAGUAUCUGAUUCUCAACUACAGUUUCUUGGUGCCACCCUGGCCCGAACUGGGCCAGCACAUCUCGUAUUGGCCUCUUUUCUUUUUUUUUUUUUUUACUAGUAGCUGAGACACCAUCUGGCAUCUAUCACUCCUGGCUGGUGUGACGGGUAUAGGGUGCCUGUUAGGGCACCAAGCAGAUGUUUAUGGGGGUCUUGGUUCUGCUGGCAUGUGGAUGUCAGUUAUUGUUGUAUGUAUCUAUAAUUACAAGAUUUUAUUCCUAUUUAAUGUUAUUGACUAUAGAUUUUUGUAAUCAGUGUUUUUCCAUGUGACCCUCAUCCCUCUUACUUGUCCCUCACCUCCUGUGCCCCAUAAAGAAAGGAACCAGCGUUUUUCAAGCUGUGGACACCAUCAGGGAAGCUUGUCUUGGCUCUUGAAGGCCAGUAACCAUUAUUGUGGUUGUGUUUUGUAUUGCUUGAUACCAUGAAAGUGUAAAUACAUAAUGCUUAAUCUAUUUAUCAAAACUGACUACUGGACCAGAGCCCAGAAACCAUGGGUUAAGUUAUACGUGAAUUUGUUUUGUGAAGAAGGGAAGCUGGGGCAGUUGGCAAGCAGCCGGCAUCCUGGUCAGUUAAUCACUGUGGUUCUAUUGCCAUCCUGGCCUGGCAGUUAAGGGGAAGAUCAGAUGCCUGGCCAAAUGCUGCCUUUCUUGUGUGGGUCAUUGCCGAAGGUGGAGAGAAGAGCAGCUGGCAGGCCCCCUCUGUUGAAUUCUAACUAAUAAUAUUAAAUUCUUUCUGAAAUGACUCUUAUUGAAUUUAGUUUGAAAUUUUCAAUCAGAGGAAGAGCCUGAGUGACCUCACUUCAGGAGGCAGUGCUUCUUCCCCAGGCAGCGAGCACGUGGCUCUCAGCAGCCUGUGUCCACAUGGCAAGUUUCCCAGCCCGCAGCUGGCUCUGCGCAGCAUGCUGGGAUGCCUCUGACAGCAUUAGUGCGUCACUGCAACCUCCUCCACUCCUGUAAAGUUUGGGGCUUGAAGGCCUAUUCUGGCAAGAAGACUUCAGAGCCACUGCAUUGUUUUGCCAAGACCUUAUUGCAGAUUAAGUAAAAAACUUAGAUUCUAAAUUUGUAUUUGUAUGGUAUGUUUCUUGAAGUGUAUUUGGUGCAUGUAGCUUUGGAAGCACGUUGGCUUGGUGAGCCAUUGAGGCGACAGCCCUCGCUGUCGCCUUAGCUGCUUAGUUCCUUCUGUUUGUAUUUUGCUCAGCGUCUCCAGUUUCUCUCCUCUGAAGUGUGGGGAGGUUGUUAAGCAUCCUGGAGCUUUGCAGUGUUCUGGCUGUCUAGAUGAGCAGAAGGACCAAAUACCCAAGUGAAAGCCUCUGAACCGUUGGUAGUUCAGCAGCAAGUUCUCUUCAGCUUAACUCGACCUGGGCAUCUUUCCUCCCAGUGGGUAACACUCAAGCAGGUGCUUCAAAUACCUAGGAACCCACUCCCUUCUGAAAACUUUCCUGGGCUAGGCUUAUCGGGAAGUUUCAGAGCUGCUGGUGUGUGGGGCAGAUAUUUUCCGUAAGCCUUCAAAUGUGCAAAGAAGCCCUAUGCCCACACCUCCUAUUGGGAAAAGAGGGUUUUCGCCCUUCUUGUUCCAUUGGGGCCAACUUAGAUUCUCUGUCCAAGGUGGGGGAAGGGGACAGGAGCUUAGGAAGUGUCCUCUUGCUAGCAGAUGUGCUACAGAAUGAAUCUGUAGUUAAAAGAAAAAUAUAUUUAUCUGCUUCCUGUGUUUCAGCACACACCUGAAGGGGGAGUUCUGGGGGACACAGUGGCCGUGCGUGGUCUGUGCCCGUGCACCUCCCACUCGCAUUGCUGGGGCCGCAUACCUACCAUGCUGUGGCCAGUUGAAUGUUUAGAAUAUUUUGGAUGUGAAUGUGCUUGGACAGGGCAUUCAGCCUCCAAUUCCCACAUGAACACCUACCCACCAUUUUCACAUUUACGUUGGUGACCCUGGUGUGGAAAGUAGAAACUUGUAAAUAGGACAGUAGAUGCUGCAGUGUCACCGUGGCGGCAAGGGAGAACACACCACUGGUUUUGAGAAAAUACCUAAAUGGUUCACAGAAAAGUGGGAAAUGGCUCUGGUCUUUGUAGGCACUUUUCAUUCUCAUUCUCACUAGGGAAUUAAACAUUGAUUCACUGAUACAAAAUCUUCCUUACAAGGAUUUCAAAUGGUAGAUUGUAGUUUCUUGUGAUUUAUCAAGACAAGGGAAGUGGCUUAACCAUAGGUCCUGAUGGUUUCCAGUUUUCAUGGUAACAAAUUCACACACAGGAUUUGCUUUAUACUGUAGAAUACUGACUUUCAUGAUGACAACCUGGUUUAUGCAUGAAUAUUGCAGUAUUUCCAUAUAGUAAAAUAACAUUUCUACCCAGGAUAAUAGUCACAGUUUUCCAGGGAGGGAAUGAUAAUUUUCAUGACAAUGUCAUGUGGUGAUAGAAUUUCUCCAUUGAUGAAUCUUUAGUAUGUGUGUAUACUUUAUUUACCCAUACGUUUAUUUUAUGACCAUGAGCUAAGUUGUUAUUUCUUUAAUUCAUGUUCCAGCUGAGAUACUGGUACCAGCAACUUAGACUUAAAGCUGGCAACUAUAAUCUUCCAUAAUGUCUAUGCCACAAAAGUGGUCAAGCCAGAUAGGAGACGACUGAGGAGCUGUGGUGGAGGCCUCGUCCCAGAGCCCGUGUGGCGCAGGGAAGGCAGCAUCCCGCACGCUCACCCUGCAGCUCGGGGUGGGCACCUAGCCACGGGCAGCAGGCCUUGUGUGGCUGUUGCGGCUGUUGCCGCCCCUGCUGUGCUCGCCCAGCUGCGCCCCGAACACUGAGGUCCUGUGAGCCCUCACAGGGCCGCUUCUCUGGGGAGCACGUCCUGUGCUCUGUCCCCUUACGAUUUUGACACAGAGAAUAGGGUCUCCUCCACCCUCCCCCUUCACCCUCCCGCAGUCACAGCUGGAGCAGCGCAAGAAGAUGGCCUGUCUUUGCCAGCGUUCAGCGUCUGUCCGUGGACAUGUGAGGACCCCUUCUCAGCAGCCACCACACAUUCCUGCCCCUUCAGGCUGGUCGCAACCAUGCCUGUCUCCACGCCACUCCAGUAACAUCCAACCUCCUUAGGGUCUCUCUGUGCAUCUCUCAGCACUUAGGACACCCUUCCUGCGGUGCCCACUUACUGACAGUCAAGUUAAUGCCCUUUUUGUUCACUGUUAACGACCUUUGUUUGACAUGUUAAUAAAUUCCGGACUGUUCUUAAAACAGUGGGGAUGCCUAUAUUUUCCUUAAGUUUUUGUGACUGACUUUGGCUAUAUACAUUUCUGGGAUUUUGUUUGUUUUUUAUUUUUAUUUUGCAUACUGAGGGUAUUUGCGGUGGGGUUGUUUUUGAGAUGUCUAAUUCUUUUAUGGAGUUUUUAAAAAGAAUUUUCAUAUUGUUUUUCUAACAUGGCUUCAUUAAAUGUUUAAGUAUUUUAAAAAUAUGUAAUAUUUGGACCAGAUGUUGUGAAUAAUAGUAGAGAUAAAGCUAUUUUAUUCUGUAUUUUUAAAACUGUUGCGUACAAAUAAAAGCUCUC